GCGCGGCCCCUCGGCCAGCACAGCAGUGGCCAUGGCGAGGUCCCCGCGAGGCGGCGGCAGCAGCAGGCGCAGCAAGUCCUACUGGAUGUGCAGCUGCGGAGGGUGGAACUGGGAUUGGCGCACCCUUGCCUUGGCUGUGGGUAUGCGGCACCGCCCUGGGCGCUGGGAGUGUCCCCCGCCAAGGCGAGGCCCAAGGCAGACAAGGGCGGAUGGGUGGACCAGCCGCGUGGGCGCCGUGUCCAGAGGCAGGCCCGCAGCGCGGCCUCGCGGACAGCCUCCGCCAAGUCUCAGACCUCGGCGUCGGCAGCGAGUGGGGCGCCCAGCGGUGGAGGAGCCGCGGCGAUCGAGAGGCUCCAGGCGGCAGUCGAGCAGCUCGAGGCGCUGCAGGCCGAGCCGCCUGACGGCGUGGGCGGCUGCUUCACCGACGUCGUGGCCAGCCAGCUGGAGGCGAAGCGCGCUGAGCUGGUCAGGGCCCAGAAGGCGAACGCCAUCAGCAAGGGUGAGAAGCGGCUCCGUGCAGCCCGCCAGGAGCUCGUGCAGGAGCAGGCGGCGCGUGACCUCGUCGAGGCCCAGCUCCAGAAGGCCCAGGAGGAGCUCGCGGAGCUCGACGCGGAGGUUGAGGAGGCGAGCCGUGCGCUCCAGGUGCUCGAGGAGGCGGCCCGCGAGGAGGCCGAGGCGCUGCGUCGCCAGCGCGCAGCCGAGUGGGCAGGAGCCAGCCAGGUGCCGGGGCUCCUCAUGCAGCUGGGGAAGUUGCCCGAGGCCUGGGGCUCCUGCAACUUCGAGGUUGCCUGGGCAGCCAUUCGCGCCCAGAUGGAGGCAGCGGUGGCCCCUGGCAGCCACAGCCAGCCGCGGAGCGAGGCCAAGCCGAGCAGCGUGGCAGCGCGCGCGGCGAGUGGCCGACGGUGGCCCAGGCAUGCAAGCGGGAGCUGGCUGCAGAGGCAGCGGGCCUGGCUCUUCUGGCUGCUCGUCCUGCUGGCCGCGCCGCUGGGGGCCGCGUCGGAGGUGCGCAGCCAGGACCAACGAGUGCCUAGUAAGGCCAGUGCGGCGGGCCUGCGCCAGCAUGAGUGCGGCCGCGCCGGGGCAGCCCGCCUGGGAGGCAAGCGGCGUCGCAGCCUCGGGGGCGUGCUGGCCCCGCCGGCGCCAGGCCAGGCCACGGCGCCAGUCGAGCCCUGCCGCUGGCGCUGGGAAGCGGGGUCUCUCCCGAUCGCCCUCCAGGAGGCCGCUUGCCAGAGGGUCCAGGUCGUCGAGAGCGCCUUGGUGGGGUUCCACGGCAUAGACGUCGGCGACCCGCCCAGGUACCCGGGGCACGCCGCAGGGCCCAGCAUUGUCCGCGAGCCCCUGAGCGCCGAGGAGGGCGAGGUCGAGGCCCUCGAGUUCGGCGCUAGCGAGUGGAGCGACUUCAUGGGCCAAGCAGGGGAGCGCUGUGCUUCGCCCGCCGACGCGGUGGUGCGGACCCUGGAGCGGUUCGGCUGGUACCUCGAGUCGGAGCGGUGCAUGGUCGCGGACCUCGGUGACGAGUUCGAUCCCAUGUUCCACGGGCCUCGGGCGCUGAGCAUUGAGGCUAGCUCGGAUGCUCGGCAGGCCUCCAACCGCCAUGAGAAGCGGAAGCUCAGCAGCGGCCCCUUCUUGCUUCGGCCUUUGUUCGGGGGCGCCAUCGGACAGCUGCUCGGGCCAGGAAUCGAGCUGUGCGUGAGGGGGCAGCGCGCGCGAGGUGCCUACAUCUCCAACGCGCGCUGGGCGAUGCGUGCCUGGAGGUGUCGCAGGCCAGUCAGCGGCAGGCUCGACGGCAAGCGGUACCUCGGCGGCUCGGCCAAGGAUAGCGAAGGGCUCCCUCCUGCUGGCGAGCGACGCCAGGUGCAGGCCGCUACGGCUGUGGAGCCUCAUUUGGCAGGAGCGGCCCUCGGCGUCGGCGCUCCCGCCAAGCGGCCGCGCCUGGAGAGCGGCCGCUCGACGGGGGGCAGCGCGGCCGCCCUCUCGGCCACCGCCGCCUUCUUCAGCAUCCUGGGGCACGCGCUCAGCUACGCCUGCGCGGGCGAAGGCGAGGGCGCCCAGGACAUCGUGACCUGCUCCAAGCGCGGGGCCUGCAAGGUGCUGGGCAGCCACGCAGGAGCCAAGCCUCGCCUGAAGGAACGGUGCCCAGGCGACAAGACGAACAAGUCAGACAGAAACCAGCGCAGCCUGUGGGAGCGAGGGCACCAUCCUGGAGGCAGGCCGCGAGCGGACAAGCAGAGAGUGAAGGGGGGGGGCAUCCCCGCUUUGCGCUCGCAGGGGCCAGUGCCAGGACACGCCCAGGUGCGCUACCUGGAGUGGCUCGGCAUUGAAGCGGAGUCUGCAGGCGGUGCCCCGGCCGCGGCCAGCAGCUCGGGCAGCAGCCCAGCUGCUCCCGCGGCGGUGCAGGCGGCGGGGGAUGCGGCUGCCAGCCUGCCCCUGCAGCGGCCAGCCUCGACGAGAGCUGGGCUCCUCGGCGUGCACGGGACCACCGAGGAGGAGUACGCAGCCGCGGACAGCACGGCGAUCGACGGCCAGGUGAGCCGCAGGGUCCGCCGCCGUCUGGG